AUGAUGCUUCCAUUUUCAUUAUGCAACGGAUUUUCAACAAUGCCUUCCGAUAUUCGUAGCAAUGAUAAUUAUCAAGUAUUACCAAUCAAUAUUGAAAGGUCGACUCGAUGUCGAAUUAGACGAAUGCGGGAAACGGAUAUUGACACAAUAGUUAAAAUUGAGCAGAUCACUUGGCCUAAUGAAUCAUGGUCUUUUGAACAUUUUUUUGAUUAUCUUAAUAAUCCACUUUGGCAUUGUUGGAUACUUACAAGUACUACAAAUGAUUAUUUAGUAUUUGGAUACGGUCUUCAAUGUAUAGACAAACAUGUAUCACAUAUAGCAAAUUUAUGUAUUGAUCCAAAUCAGCGUGGUCGUGGUUUAGGUGGAAUACUUUUAAAUCAUAUGAUAGAUUAUUCUCGUCGAUUAGGUGCAUCAAUUGUUGAACUUGAAGUAAAUACAUCAAACAUGCAUGCAUAUAAUUUAUAUUGUAAACAUGGUUUUAUUAUAAUUGAACUUCUAGAACGAUAUUAUUCGGACAGUACAGACGCAUAUCGUAUGCAGCUGACUAUAAAUAGAAUUUAUUAG